GUUUGAAAACUCAUCACUUCCUAGGGAUCAACAGUUGACCUCCCAGUGCACGCACAGACAGAAGCAGGAGGACAUUCACACACCCAUGCCUAUUCUUCACAGCUGCGCAGUAGCUUGUAUGAGUAACUCCUUUACAACAGACUGUGACCGUGAUGGCACGUGACUUAAAGAAUGUGAGUUUUACCUUUUGACUGUCAAGUCCCCGCAGUAAUAAAACCUCCUCCCCUCCCACUGCUGCAGAAUUAAAUACACCACACAGGUAGAGAAGGUGUGGCUCUUUGCAGGUAUUUGCUCAAGGAUCCCAUAGCUUGAGACAUGCAGUACCCCUGUGUUCACACAUUCAUUAGCACACAAUACCUACAAAAGGUUUAUUUUCAGGCACUUUUUAAGUGCGCGUGUGCGUAUUUGUGUUUCCGCGUAAAAUAGUCAGCUUGCCUUGAUUGUGUGUUUGAGUGGGUGCCAAUUGUGAGAGCAGGAUGAGGGAAAAGAGGGGGCAAAAAGAGGCCAUUCUCUGGGCUAAUUGCCAGUAAUUAGUCAUUAGUGAAGAAGGUCAAAUCCCUGAUUUAAUUCCAGCUUUAAUCAAGCAGAGAACCUUCAAAGGCUCACGUGCUAAAGCAAUGUUUAGUUAUGAGAUGCAUUGAGCUAUUUCUGAUUUCAACAACCUAUCUAAUUUGAGUUUUUAAUUUGUUCACUGCUUGGAAGGCAUCUUAACAUCUGGCUCCUUUUUCCAUCUGAUAUUCAAUAAAUUGUCAUUUCCUGCAACAGCACUUCUCAGUGUGUGCAAGCUUUAAGUUGCACCUGCGCACACAGAACUAAAGCUGUUGAUGCAUCUGCAAUAUUAUUCCUAGAGGGAACAUUACUUGAUUACUUAAUUGAUAGAAAACUGUUUGCCAGCAGUGCUACUAUUAGUUUGAGAAAUGCAGAGUGGUUCACUCUUACUGCUCUGCUAAAAAGGCUGGAGUGCAGUGAAUAAUAGUAAUAAAUAUAUGGAAUCAAAUAAGAAUUAGAAAAUAGUCACACAGGAAAAUAUUUGAGGAUUCAGUUGUGAAAAUGCAGUAAUCUGCUUGUGGAUUUGUGCAGUUUUUUUUUUCAAUUUAAUUUAAAAAAUGCUAAAUGUGUGUUAAAAUCUUCCACUGGAAAUAGGCCAAACAUUCCCUAGUUUACUACGUGCAUGAUGUGAAUUAUUUCUUUGUUUUGUCUUUCUUUGUCAUUCAUAAUUGCAGUUAAGUAUUUACUGGUAUUUGCACAAAACAGGCAGUUAGAAGCCAUAACCUUGAGUUCUAGGCACAUUUUUAGACAGAGUUGUAAACUGACUCUGUAGGCAAAGGUGCUGGAAGUUUCUUAGCUUUACAUUUGUAGCCCCAAGUUCUUCUCACCAAUCACGUUCAGGCAACUUUGUUUGCAUUUCAAUAACUUUUAAACAUUUUCUUCAGUUGUGUGCAUACAAUCACCUGUGAAAUGAACAGGAAGGUUUGACCCGGAUUUCCAGUAUCCGCUGUUUGGAUAUCCUCGCCACACAGGAAGCUGCGAAAAUUGGCCGUUGGCUUUGCAGGCCAAGUCGGCAGACUAGCUGAUGUGUUCCCAUGUUGACAGAAUAAUGUAUGUGGAGUCGGUUCCAAAACAAGCACAGGCUUUGAAAGUUUAAGCACUGUGGAACUCAUUUAUACUAUUAUAGGAGUGUGAUUAAUGAGCCCAAGUUCAUAACUCAAUAGAUGCUAGUUUGACUGACCAGCCAAAAUAUUUCUCAUGGUGCUUUUUUGUCCUGUGGGUGCACAAAUAGCAGCAACAGGUAGCAGCUAAGAACAUUAGAUCUCAUUAAACCUCUCCAUGAAGAACAUGCUGGAAACCUCGCUUGGUUAUUUUUAAUGCUUUGAGAGUGCCAUUUUAGUGUGCUGCUCCUGUCUCACUUCUACAGAGCAUCAACAUGUAGCAGAAGCACACAUUAAUGUAGCAUAAUUUCCCUUCUCUUUUCUGCUUUUCCACUGUAUUUUCCUAUAAAUGUCUACACAGCUGAAUAUGCCACAUGAUUAUGUCCUCAGUGCUGUCAGAAAUCACUACCGGCAGGGAGAGCAGGCCAUAAGGAAACCUUUCUCCUGAGGGGACAGUACGCUGAUUACAUUAUUAGAAGUUUAGAUUUAAGAAUGUAGCCUAAAUUUAGGGCUGCCAAUUAUCUUCUUCCCGCGCCUUAACAAACCAUAAUACAUCUGUGAUUACUAAUUAUGGCUCUCGGGGUUAAUUUCAUGUAUUUUAUGUGGGCCAUGACACACUAAUAUAACACAGCGUGCUUUUCAGAAGGAUUGCAUUAUUUUAAUUUCUCCCUCUGGGAUUUCUUAAAGAGACGCUAGCGUUUCUCCUCUUCCGUCAUGCUCUCCUCUUAUGUGUCGGGCCGCUGAGUCACGGGAGGAGGACAAAGCCAAACGAGUGUCACUGAGAGUAUAUGGUUACUAGUGGUUCUCCUUUAAACACUGUGUAGUCGAUCCAAUCACUUGCUGGGUAGUCUGCGCAAGAAGGCUCUGAGUUGCGUAAGGCAAAUGGAUGGACACAAGAAAUGGGAAGUUUCUGGUGCCAUAUCUCAGUUUGAAUAUCUGAAGAAGGAUAAAUUAGAAGGAACACUUUAACAUUUACGGGUUGGUCUAUUUUGUGGUGAUAAUAACAUGUUGCCUUGCCUCUGUCAUGCAUAUUUUUAAGUCUAAAAAUUAUUACCUGAUUUAAAAGCCUGCUAUAGUAGACGCAGUCUUCCACCAAGGGUUACUUUUGCAGAUCAAAUCCAUCUCUGCACGGUUUAUUUAGCUUCCCUCAGGAUUUCUCAUGUAUUGUUCCUCGCUGCCUUUAAGUUAUAUUUUUGGCCUGUGUGUGCAUCUGGAUUUUCACUUUGCCCUGUGUUUUCCUGGCUAUCCUAGAGCACCUAAAAAAGACAAUUCCUCACUUCCUGGAAUGCUAUCACACUUGUUAAACACACGAACAUAUUCACAGAGGCGACUCAACUGAACAUGCUGCUAACAAUACCUUUAAGCUUGUAUGCUGGCACAGUUAUUUCACAGCGUGAUAUGGUGUGAAGUUAUUUUUGGCAAGACAAAAUAGAACUUCAACCUCUGACCACUUCUUGUCACCCACUCAACACAUGUCAUUUAUAAAACCUGCAAAGCAGAAAGAGAAUUUGUGAUAAAUGCUUAAAAAAAACAAGGAGAACGUAGUGAAGAAAUGUCACUGACAUAUAAUAACCUUUGGACUGUAUUAGUGUCUUCAUACUGUCUUCCCUUGCUCUUUAGCCCUGAACCCUUUUUAGAGGAAGUAAUUGGAAACGUCUGGUUGUACUGUACUUUUAGACAACCCCUUCCACCAUGACCUUCCCCAACCGCGCCCCCCUCUGGCCAGACCUCCUGGUUGUACCACUACAACAGGUGUUUCUGUAUAGAUAGAGGGGGAGAUAAAGAGAGAGGAGAAACAUGAGUUGAGUGGGCGGUAGAGGAGCUGAUUUGUGCUGCAGUCGGGCAGCAAACAGUUCCUGUGGGAUUGAUCUCUGGGGAAGGAUAAUCUGGGUAAUCCUAUAACCGGCGCUGUUGGACUCCGCCUCUUUUGCUCUUCACGGAGGCCCCCCCCAUCCCUCCCUCUACACGCCGACCCUUCCGUCCCGUUCUUCUCUGAAAAGUGCUCGAUUGAGCAUCCACCAAGCCAGCACUUUGAGUCUGACACCUGGUCCUGAGCGACUCGUGUUCUUCCAGCGCUACCAUUAGGGCCUGAAGACAUGUGGCAUCCAGUGGCAUCACCUGGAAGUGGGGGCAGCCCUGGAACGGAAAUAGGUUAUGGUCACUACUCUACAGGGCCGAUGAGUACAGCCCACACCCACCCCCCUUUGAUGGGCAGCAUGGUGGGUCACCCAUCAGUCAUCAGCACCUCCAGGCCCUUACCGUCCCCCAUGUCCACCUUGGGCUCACCAAUGAACGGCCUGGCCUCUCCCUAUCCAGUUAUUACAUCUUCCCUGGGCUCGCCCUCUGUAUCGCUGCAGUCUACUCCCAACAUGAACUUCGGACCACUCAGCAGUCCACAGAUGAACUCUAUGAACAGUGUUAGCAGCUCAGAGGACAUCAAGCCUCCGCCGGGCCUACAGAAUCUGGGAAACAUCAACUACCAAUGUACGAGCCCGGGAGGGAUGUCAAAGCACAUCUGUGCCAUUUGUGGGGACCGCUCCUCAGGAAAGCACUAUGGUGUAUACAGCUGUGAGGGAUGUAAAGGUUUCUUCAAGAGGACCGUGCGCAAAGAUCUCAGCUACACUUGUCGAGAUAACAAGGAGUGCCUGAUUGACAAGCGCCAGCGAAACCGCUGCCAAUACUGCCGCUACCAGAAGUGCCUGGCCAUGGGCAUGAAAAGAGAAGCGGUGCAGGAGGAGAGGCAGCGUGGGAAAGAGCGGGGUGAGAAUGAGGUAGAAUCCACCAGCAGUUUCAAUGAGGACAUGCCUGUGGACAAGAUCCUAGAUGCUGAGUUGGCUGUAGAACCCAAAACAGAGACGUACAGCGACGGCAGCCCCGGGAACUCGACCAAUGACCCCGUCACCAAUAUCUGCCAAGCAGCAGACAAGCAGCUUUUCACCUUGGUGGAGUGGGCGAAAAGGAUCCCGCACUUCUCCGAGCUCCCCCUCGAUGACCAGGUCAUCUUACUACGAGCAGGCUGGAACGAGCUACUAAUUGCAUCAUUCUCGCAUCGCUCGGUCACGGUAAAAGACGGUAUCCUGCUGGCAACAGGUCUUCACGUCCACAGAAGCAGCGCCCACAGUGCUGGAGUUGGCUCCAUCUUUGACAGAGUACUCACAGAGUUAGUAUCUAAAAUGAAAGAUAUGAAGAUGGAUAAGACGGAGCUCGGCUGCUUGCGAGCAAUUGUCCUCUUCAAUCCAGAUGCAAAAGGUUUGUCUAACCCAGCAGAGGUUGAGGGGCUGAGAGAAAAGGUCUAUGCUUCAUUGGAGUCGUAUACAAAACAGAAGUACCCGGACCAGCCUGGCAGGUUUGCCAAACUGCUGCUGCGCCUGCCUGCCCUGCGCUCCAUCGGCCUCAAAUGUUUGGAGCAUCUGUUCUUCUUCAAGCUAAUUGGGGACACGCCUAUUGACACCUUUUUGAUGGAGAUGCUGGAGGCUCCGCAUCAGAUCACAUGACACACGUCUUCCCCUUUCCCUUGUACAUACUCCCGCAUCAUAAGCAAUAUGAUGAUGGAAUUAAAAAGACUUGAUUGAAAUGUAAAACAGCUUAUUUUGUACCCAUUUAAAAAAAAAUGCAAUUAAAAUGUUUAAAAAAAAUGUGGUUGUGGGGAUGGUGGAGUCAGAACACGAUAAAUUCCAAUAAAGUUUGGAAGUUUGGAAUUUUGUAAAUAGCUAAUUUCAGGUGUUUGUUUCAAAAGCCACCAAAUGCAAAAUUUGAAAAAAAAAAUAUCAUAUUUUAUUCAAAGCGGAAUUGUAUAAAACAAAAACCAUCCCUGCAUUUCUUAAACGUGUCUGAGAAUUCUUACAGAAUAAAGUUAUUUAAAAAUGUACAUGAAA